UAUAGCUGACACCUACAUGAACACUUUACAGUUGGUUAUAUGACUGUAAGUCAUUCCCUUCAAAUGCUAUUGAAGUUAGAAACGUGUUUAACAAUGUCGUAUGUAACUUUAGAGACGGUCCCUUAAUUUCCGCAUAUCCGCGAAUAUCGAACGUCCAACGUCACACCAACUUUAUUCCAGUAGUUUAGACACACUCAUUCUUUAUUUUUUUAUAUAUAUUUUUUAAACCCACACUUUAGAAUAAUAAAGUCAUCAGAACUUGGGAAUAACACAAAUCGAUCUAUGGGAAUUAUGUUGUGAUAAAAAAAACAAAAACACACAAAAUAAAUCAAAAAUAAUUUAGCAAUUUUAGCAUCUUCAAAGUAGGCAUGUUCCUGGUGAUUUAUUUACCCUGCUGAAAAAAACAACAACAGAAACCAUCACAGAAAAGGCAAAAAAAGAGUGCACCGUUUUUGGGGGGCUCUGCUGGUAAUUUGUUGCCUUCUGUUCGCGGCAUGUUUAGUGGAUACCAUUAAGGACCAAUAAUGGGUAAAGAAAUCACCAGGAAUACUAUAGAAACCACUUAAUACCCACAAUACCCUAGGAACAGCUGGGAGAACAUAGCAACUAGUUAACAUGAUAGCAACUAGAUGAAAUACCAUAUAUAGUGACCACCUAGCAACACAUUAGCAACCACCUGGAAUAAUAUAGUACUAACUUAGUAACACACUAGCAAGCAGAUAAAAUACUAUUGUAACCACACUAUAAACCACAUGGGGUAACAUACAGUAAUAACCACGUUAACAACCAGCAGAUACUAUACAAUGUGUAUUAUGUGACGUUCUUUAAUGACUACAAAUUGUAAUUGUUGGUAGUUUGUUGUGGUGUAAGAGAAAUCACUUUUGGGCGUGCUGUUUUAGGAAAAUAACUUGAGAGUGGUUGAUUAUUUUAUUUCUCACUUAAAAUAUUACAAAACCCAUUCAAAUGCAGACAUACGUUUUCCUAACCCCCCCCCCCACACACACACACACUGUUUUUAAUGCUUCUUUUUUUUUUAAUGUAAAUCUUUCCUUUAAAUGUUACAGUUUUGAUAUGAAGCAGCGUUUUUGAGCAGGUAUUUUUUUUUUUUGGAAUGAUUUUCUGGGCUCACACCUGGCAACCCUGUGUGGUUGUAGAAAUUAAAAAUAAAGCUUUUUUUAUUGUAAAUAAUUUGUCUCAUACACAGUCACUCUCUAAUACACUUUACAUAUAUUUAUAAUUGAAUAUAAUUCGCACACAAGUAUAACCGAAAUACAAAUAUAUAUAUAUGUAUAUAAUUGGUUAUAUUAUGAUGCUGCGCAGGUAGCUCCGCCCUCUAAUGGCUGUCCGGUGCUGGCGCUUGUGUUGCCAGGUGCUCGGUUUUAUAUCGUUAUUCUGUUCCUAAUUUUUCCUUUUCAUUUCUUUUCAUUAUUUGUUAGCGUCAUACGUAAUAAUACACCUGUAAUAAAAGCAUGGUAUUUAUGAUCGCGGUGAGUUGUAAAAUUUCUGGUAUAGAGCUCGUGUUAAUUCCAUCCAAUACCUUUGUUUCACACGGACCUGGCAACCCUGGCAGAAUUAACCCUGCAACAACAUUCAUUCAUUGAUUAGUUGGAAAGGCUGCGCUUGCUGUCUGAAGGGUGCCGGAUGUAGUUGAAGGACCUGUCCUUUGGUCCCCCCUCAACACUCCUCUCAUAUUCCCUGCACUGCAUGGCUUCACCUGACCGCAUCUCUCCUCCCGUCACCGUAGCCCUGAUCCGGCAGCCCCUCAUGCUUUGCACAAGGGCUGCUCACAGACUGCCUCAUGACUGCCUGGAUUGUUCUGCCAGUCAGCCUGUCGGCAUUCUCCAUCACAGGGAUAUGGAUAGUGUACGCCAUGGCAGUGAUGAACCACCAUGUGUGUCCAGUCGAAAACUGGACGUAUAAUGUGACUUGUAAUGAGGAAACAGCUAAGAGGGGCUUCCCCAAGACCUGCUGUACUCCACAGGACAUCCCUCUCAUCAGUAAAUGCGGCUGUUACCCACCUGAGAGCUGUCUCUUCAGUCUCAUAGGCAACGUCGGGGCUUUUAUGGUGGUGAUGAUUUGUAUGUUGCGUUACGCUCAUGUGAUCGAGCACAGCCACCACUGCUGGGUCAACACCAGUGCGCUGGUGUCGGGUUGUGUCAACGCUCUGGGACUCGUCAUGGUGGGCAACUUCCAGGUCGACCAUGCGAAGACUCUGCACUACGUGGGGGCCGGUGUGGCAUUUCCAGCAGGUCUGCUAUUCGUAUGUCUGCAGUGUGUGCUCACAUACCGCAUGGCCGAGACAGCGCUGGACUUCUGGAUGGCCCAUGUGCGCGUGGCUCUGUCAGCUGGAGUGCUGAUCUCUCUCAUCCUCAGCGGCAUCUUCUUCAUUCACGAGAGCUUCGAGUUGCAGCACGCUGCCGCCAUCUGCGAGUGGAUCUUCACGGUCCUCGUCCUGGUCUAUUACGGAACCUUCACCUACGAGUUUGGCAGCGUCAGCAGCGACACCAUGAUGGCCGCCCUCGUCAACGGCAGGCUGCACGACACCUCGAGCGCAGGAGUCAUCGUAGGAGGCAUGGGGAAAAGCGUGCCCAUGGGCUGUGGUGCUCGCAGCAUGAAGUCACCCGGAGGAAGCGGCACCUCCACACACCUCAACUGCACCCCUGAGAGCGUGGCCAUGUUAUAGUGAACGGAGGGGAGGUUAGGGCUCAGGUAAAUCACGGAUUUAAAUCCUACCGAUCCGUGAGGUGCUGGUAGAGAGCAAUCGAUCAAGUGUAGAGUUCAUGCAAGUGAAAUGCGCUGAUAAAGUUACGUGUAAUAUGAAUAAUAAUAAUACUUUCUUGAAAGCUUGUUAGCUUUCCAACACUAAAUAUGUAUUAAAGAGGGAAGUUAAGGUCCUUUCUAGUCAACAUUAGCUGUAUAAUAUAGGUAUAAUAGGUCGAAGAAGCAACAGGUUAUUAGAAUCACCAUGUAGUUACUCCAUUAUUAUUAUCAUUAUUAUUAUUAUUAUAUUUUACAUUUAUCUACAUUCAUAAUGCCUGGGCCAAACUUCAAGAUUGAUAGAAUGUUAAAAAUGUAAUGGACCCCAAUUAUAAUCACAGAUUUCACAGAUCAUCCAGUUAUCAAACUUCACGCUACAGUAUUUGCUCAGAAAAAAAAUCCCACACACUUUGAAGUGAGGUGUCGUUCGUAAUGAGUCAUCUCUUUAAGCCAGCUCUUGUAAGGCAGCUUUACACUGUAUAAUUUCGAAAAUCGCAGGCAAAUUUUUUUUGGCUGUGAGUUGAGAAUGUGCUCACCAGCAGCUGAUUUAGUGUCAUUUUUUUAGCACUGAAUCCGACAUUUUUCAAAAUAAAAUGACGCUCAUCUAAAAAUCCACCAAUGGGAGGACGGUAUAAGAUUGCACAAUACUCACGGGACAGCUGCACAUAUGUUAGUGGUGAUGACGAAACGGAAACGAAACAUGCUAAUGAGAGAAAAAUCUCAUUAUUACCUCAAGCUCGUGGAGCACAUUAUCACAUAAUCAUGUUAUAGAGUUCGAUUUUAUCUGGAUCUCGUACAGUUUGAAGUCGGCUGAAAUUGCACAGUGUAAAACAGGCUUUAAUCGAAUGUCCGGAUCCGAUUGGCGUAUCUUCUUUUUUAUUUUUUUUUUGGUUUGGAAAUGAAUACAAGAUCCUGUGAUGCACUUCAUCAAUCGCAUACAGUGAAAACAUUCCAGCGAAACGAAUCGGUAUCCGAGUUGUCGGGUUUUUCGGAACCUUACGGCUCACAGAAUUUCUCCCGAACAAACUUCAGUGAUGACGAACAAAGCGUUCAGCGUACAAGUUUAAACCUGUACAGUACGGAGAAGACGGCAAGCCAGGUAGAAAAGCAAUCACACCUUCUCAUGAUCACGAGGACGUGUCGUGCUGAGAAGCCAAACCCGUCAUCGAAUUACUCUUAUGUCAUGUUGAUCUAUUUUGUUUUUCUUUCUUUUUUUUUUCUUUUUCUUUUUUUUAAAGAAUGAAACGCAUUUAAAUUCAUGGAAUUGCAUUGCAUUUCAUUUUGAUCAGUGGCUUGCAGGAGUGUUACACUGAAAUGCAAGCACCGUUCCAAUCACCACAGCCCUAAACCAUACUCCGGCAAAAUAUGAAGCUUUUAAUUAGUUAUCUUAACAACAAAUCGUUGGUCAGGAAACAAAUAGAUAAAGUAACUUAUUAUGGGAUAGCUUUUCCCUUUCAUUUCUUUAAAUGCUUAAGCCUUGUGAGUGAAAUCGCAAACAGCUUCUUGUUUGUUUAUUUAUUUAUUUAUUUAUUAUUAUUUUUACUUUAUUUUAAUUUUGUACACCCAGAACUGUACAUCAAACGUUUUAAUCAUUAUCAUGACUUUACCUUUGCAUACAAGAAGACUAUAUAAGUGAAUUUCCCUGUUUCUAGCACCCCCCCCCCAUACAGUUCACUGCAGCAAAACUAAACAGCAAAUGGAGGCACAGGAGGUCUCAGGAGUGCGUUUAUUUAACUCUUGCUAAUUUUCUGACCAAUGAUUUGUUGUUAAAAGCUUAAUAUUUUGCCGUUUUUGGCUUAGCCCAUACCCCCUCCAUCUGAGUUUUACCAGGGAACAUAAUAGUUUAAGACUAAGACCUGUAAACACCUUUCGUCUCCAAAUGAAUCCGAUUAUCCUCUAGUGCAGCCCAGAUAUACAUUACUCCAACGCAAUACAUAUCAAUACACUACUCAGUGAUGUAUGUUCAUCCACAGUGAACUUUAUUGUUAUUUUCUAUCAUUAAAACAGCACACUGAAUAUUUAUGGAUAAAAAGAGUCUUAAAAAUGACUUAGUCUUGACUAUAGCAUGCACUCAUGAAGCUUUAUGUAAAAGAUGUUUCUCUUCAAGAAGCAAAAACAAAUGCUAUGUACAUGAUAAACACCACCCGGGGUAGUUUUCCUGGGGUAGUUAUUGUCCUGUCAUUUUCUUUUUAAACACUAAUCAUGGUGCCACGCUUUUUGUCAGUUAACAGUUUAUGAGCCAAACAUUCACAGGUACAGUUUACACGCUGUUGCUUUCGCGCCACAACGCAGUACUAGUACUAAUUUAAAGGCAUUUCUAUUGACUAUAUUUUUCAUGUUCAACCAAUUCAGCUCAUAAGAUUUUAAUAAUAUUCCUUUUAAUUUGUUAGCAAUAACUAUGUUUUAUGAUCUGGUGCUAAGACGAGGUAGAGGUAGUCAUUGAGGACGGUCCACACUGAAUUUCUCGUCGUAUCGUUCUUGUACGUUUGGUAGAAAAACCAUUUCGCGCUUGUAAGUGAACGCGUUUGCUUGGGUGAUUUUUAUUUAUUUAUUUAUUUUCAACUUUCCGUUUCAUAUCUUCCUCAUGAACCUCACAACACUGCAGCUGUUUCUUGUUUUAAAGAACAUAGUAAUGAUUAAAUAAGUGACGCUACAUGCUUCAAAAUAUUUUAUAGUGUCAGAAAUAACAGACCUGCUAAUGUGAAGCUCAAACAUGUCCUGAGUCUAUAGAGUAUUUUAGUAUUUGGUCAAUAAUGGAAGCGAUGAUGAUGAUGAUGAUGAUGAUGAUGAUGUAUUGUAGGAUGUUGUAUGUAUUAUUAGUUUAUUUGCCAUUUCUGACACUGCAAUAAUGCAAUAUUGAACUGUGCCAAACUAGGGAUGGGCGAUAUGACGAUUUUAUAUCGAUAUUGUGAAAUAACAACACGUUAUUUUCGAAGUUUAAGUUCUAAGUCACUUCCUGAUACAACUAUUUUUUUGCACUAUCUGUACAAAUUUUUAUUUCUUAACGUUGGACGAAAACUAUUGUGCACUUGUUUGCAAAACCUCAGCAAAAUGACAUACCCUGAUACCUAUAGUGUAUCUUAAAGAUGUCCAGAAGUAUAAUAUGUAUGGAAUAAAACACUUUGAUAUGUAUGUGCUAUGUGUGUUAUAUAUAGGAAAAUAAAUGACACACCACACUGAGGUUACUAUUUUCCUAUAACAGCAUGUCACAAAGUGUUUUAUUCCUCUUAUACUACAGAAAUUCACAAAGAACUGCAGUUUUGAACUUGUUAACCGUUUAACACGUUGUGUUAACGCUUUUUAACCCUUUAUAGUUACGUUUAAUGUUGUGGAACGUCCGUGAGACAAGUUAGUUCCUGUAAACAUUUACGAUAUAGCAGCUCAGUCCUUCACCAGCAUCUAUUUUUUUCCUCUCUUUGAAGUUAAUAAGACCAAAAAAAAAGUCUCGUGUUGCCAAGAAACCAGAAAGCACAAAGUGUCAGAAAACUUGACGCUAACACUCGAGACUCCUUCUAUAAAUGUUCAUAAAUCUCUCUUUCUUCAUGAAAACUUCAGUUAUAGAUUUUUCUUUGUCAAAUAACAUUUUUUAAAAAUAUUUAUUUUAUUGUUCGGCUUGAAUUAUGCAGAGCGUCUGCCAUACAAGUCCCCAUUAAUAUACACUAAACCUGUGAUUAGAAAUACAGCCGGCACUACUGUCCGAGCUGCUGUAAUAGAAAAUGAAUCAACACCUUCUGACCGAUCAGAUUCAAGAAUACAGCAGCGCUGUGGUAUUGAUAUGAUAUAUGGUGUAUGUACGUGAUAUAUUUGCCAUAUCGUCCACCCCUAGUGCCAACAUACCUCUGUAAGAAUCUCUGUUAAACUACUGAAAGUUGAUAAUACUUAACUUUUUUCUAUAAUGGGCCAAAUUCAGAUGACUGGAAUGAAAUAUACUCUUGUGACAGUAACAAUGUUGUGUUAUGAUUAUGUGGUUAACACUUUGGCUUCACCCUUUGGUCAAAACAUGCAAAGGGAAAGGGUGAUACUAAUCCUGAAUUGCUAAUCCUGAAAUGUUUAGUUAAAUUCCAGAUUUUGAUCAGUAAUAUGUUUUCUAAUCUGAUAGAAUAACUUUUGUCCUGUUAUACGAUGAGUUACUUGUUGCUGUAUGGAAGCAUGAAGGCUAAAUGAAUGAUGAAAUGGAUCACCACAGUGAGAGUGGAGUUUUUACCGAAUAACACAAAACAUUUCCAUUACUCGCACAGUAUGAUGAUAUUAUGUAACAAUACACUUCACCUAUACACCUGCUCAUUUAAGCGGUUAUGCAAUCAUGUGGCGGAAGCACA